AUGAUGCGGGUAUUGUCAAUUAUCGGGUUUCAUCUAGUCAUAACCGAUAUUUUCGGCUUCAAUGAGGAAUUUCAAUCGGUUUCAUAUAAUUUUGAAGAACAUAAUGAUCCAUUUUGGUUUUAUCCUGGAAUUGAAAAUGAAGUAUUCAAUAAAUGGAAAUUCUCACAAUCAGAAUACAACACGAUGUAUGAUAAAAUUAUUGAAAAAUGGCCGACGGUGAGUUUUUUUUGAAUACGAAAAUCCCAUUCACUGAUUUAUCCUAACUCAUUUCUGAAAAUCAAUUAUUUGAUUCAUACUCGGAAAUUAAGCAAAAUAUAAGUCAUUUCAUUUUUCACCCGGUAGAACUACAAUCCCGUCUUCGUAAAAUAUAUUUACCCUCAAUUUCUUAUUUUUCUAGAUUCCUGAAAAUGAGGAGGACAAAGUAUUGAUUAUAACAAAUCAUGAAAGACGAAAAUUAUAUUGUAUUAUCCCGGAUUGGAAAAAAGAACUCGAAGAAAAGAAAUUGAAUUCCAGUCUGAACCCGACAUCUUUGAGAACUUUGAUUGAUGCAACAUUUUAUGUCGAAGAUUGUAUUUCGGUUAGUUUUCAGAUAUUUUGAAUAAUUCGUUUUUGAAACGAAAUUACUUUCAGAUAGAAGAUGAGGAAUGGGUUUAUACAUUGUGUGGAGGAUCGUCGCAUCUUACGAUGGAACAGAAAACACGUGGAUCGGUGAAAGCGAAGAAAAACAAUUUGCAUAUCAGUCAUCGUCGCUUGAAUUUUCCGAAUGAUUUAAGCGAGUCGACAUAUGAUAAAUUGUUUUAUGUUGAAGAAUCUUUCAGUAGUCAUUUGAAUUGUGAAUUUGGAAAUGGAAAUGGACGUUGGAAAGCGCAUGUUCGAGUUAGUUGAUUCUUUCAAUAUUUUUCUUGAAUAUUUUAUUUUUAGUAUCAAUGUAAUCCGAAUCUCGAAUCCUAUCAAGCUAAAAUUGUAUCGAUUACAUAUAGGAAUUUGUGUGAAUUUGUUGUUUUGGUUGAUGUUCGAACAUUGUGUGUUUUCAAGCCGUUUUUACCACCUCAAAGGGUUAGUUUUUUUCUUAAUUUUCAAGUAAAUAUUCACAAAAUUUCAGCGAAACAUCUUGAAAAUCCCCUGCCAUUCUUAUAUUGCAAAAGAUGAAUUAAUGGAGUACUUGAUUGCAAGAGAAACAAGAAAUCAACGAGUUCAAAGUUUCUGGGAAAAUGCCAAAAUUCCGUGUAAAAUUUGGUAUGGAAUUCGAAGAACCGAAUAUUUCACACUUGAUCAAAAGGUAUUUUCUUCGUAUUUCAAUUUUUUUUAAUGAUUUUGUUUAGCUGAUAGAUUUGAGGCAAUGGGCUCGAGAAAAAUGUGCGUUUGCUGAGUAUGAAUAUAAUACAGGUAUUUUAUUUUCUUAUUUAUUCAAGCAAAUUCUAAAAAAAUUUCAGAUAACUCGAAGUUUUCUCAUUUUUUGCAAACGAAUCUCACGGAUUUCUUGAUGAAUUCAAGACCACAAUUUUACGAUUAUAUUUCAUAUGAAAAUGUGAUAGACGAAGACAAUGGCAAUUUAUGGUAUUAUUUUAAUCAUCGAGAUUGGGAUAAAUUGUUGUUUCCUCGAACUUUGGAACAUGUUGCGAUGUCUCAAUUUAUGAUUGAUGAUGCUUUUGAAAUGCAUCCGAAUUUGAAAGGAGACCUGAAUUUUUUGCAAGAAGUUCUCUUAUUGGCUUCAAGAAAUGAGUUGCAUAAUUUAAUUAUUGAUCAGAAAGCUGUUUUACAUGAAGCCUAUUUGGAAAGUCAUAAUAAUAUUGGAAUGACUUCUGUGGAAAAGGAACUAAUGGUGAAGAAAUUCAAAACUGUGAAGAGUUUAUUGAAAAUUAUUGAGGAAUAUGAUAUUGAUUAUGAAAGACCGUUUGGAGAAUUAACGUGGGUUUCUUCUAAAAAUAAUUAAUUUACUUGAACAAAUCGAUGUUUCAGUGAUCAAUUUAUAUCGGAAUAUAUUAAAGUUAUGAGAAGAUUGAUAAAAGCGUAUCACAAAGAUCGGACUGGAAAACAAUUGAAGGAUUUUUUCGAAGGCAAGAAUAUUUUCAAGAUUUAUCCCGAUGUUGUUCGAACAAACGACUUUUCUGCAUUCCGCAAGGAAUUUUUUUCAAUUUUAUUGAAGGAACAAGGCGCAUUUAUUGAACCAUUAUAUGCUAUAACAAGAGUGAGUUUGAAAUAUUGAAUUGAAGCUGAAAAAUAUAUGAAAAAUAUUUCAGGAUUAUUACGAAUAUGUUCAUUUGAUAGAAACGAGUGGUUCUAGAAUAAUGUUGAUCAAAAUUGAUUUCGCAUUUGGUUUGUUCCAUCAACUUUUAGCAUAUAAUUCUGCCGAAGUUUGGGAGAGGUUUGUCCUUUAUUUUUUAUUUCAUUUUUUCAAAUCAGUAUUUCAUUUUCAGAGAAAUUCGAGCGAAAUUGAAGAUACCGCAAGAAAAAGUACCCGAAUAUGACAUGGAUUUUCUGAAAGAACGGCGCCUUGUGAGUACUUUUUCUUUCUUCAUGAAGUAACUAUAAAAAUAUUGAUUAUUUGCAGACUUUUUUGCCCAAGGAUAGUGAAUUUUUUGUAUCAAUAAAAUUAAAGCGAGCACUUGAAGUUUUGAGAAAAACGUGGACUGAAUACGCAGUAAGAUUUGAUGAAAUGGUACGUUUUUGAAUAAAAAACUUUUUUCAAGGAAAAAUAUAAUUUAAAAAAUUAUUUUCAGAUUGAGGAAAAUGAGUUUGAUCCACAUUUUCGAUUUUACAAAACAUUAACUGAAAUUGCACAAGAUUGGCUUGGUCUCAAAAAAUCAGAUAAUUUUUAG